AUGGAACCAAGGGCUGGAGGGCUUCAGGGUAUCGUGAAUCGCGAUGCACCACUCAUCUGCAAAACAUUCUCUCGCAUCAUCCCUCAGCCCUCACCCAAUUACUCGACGUACCGUCUGCCGAUCGUGUCUCACAUCAUCAGCUGCAAGCCUCACUCACCCUCGUUUGCACUCCACCCAGAGGAUGGCGCCCUCCAGCGCUGCAGCAGAAAACGACUGUUCGACAUUUUCAUCUCCCUCAACGCUCGCUUCUACGCCUGCUUCACGCCUGCUUUUACGCCAUCAUCAUCAUCAUCAUCAUCAUCAGCGUUUACUUCGUCUACGCCGCCUCCGCCAAUCAAGGCUGAUGACCCAGAUGGCACCUUUAAUGAAGACGAGGAAAGAGCGGCCAUAGCAUCAUGCAUCCUCGAGAUUGUAGCGAAGACUGUGCCAGAGUUAUCGCCAUCCAGCCCGCCUAUUCGCCGCCUCCGCGAGGAAAUCCAGGAGCAACUCCAACACGCCCAGAGAUUUCGGCUACCUACUUUGAACGACGCACCUGACACCCGGCCGUCUACAAACCCCGCUAUGGAUGAUCUCUGCCUGAAGGUCUCGACAUGCGAUUCGAGCACUUGGUGA